UGUGACGUCACGCGUUAACUCGUCUAGGUCAUUAAAUGAAAGUCAACUUGUAAUCGGGUUUUCGGGUUUCAAGGAAUACAAAAUGAUGUCAAAUGCGAAAACAAGUUUGCUUGAGUGUCCAGUUUGCAAAACUAGCCAUGUGCCAAUUAAAAGUCCCAUUGAAAAUGGUGUUUGUGCUUCAACAUGUUUGUACUGUGGGCACUUCUUCAAGUUCAAGGUCACCACUCCUGUAAGGUCAGAGGUCAUUUUAAAAGUAAAUGGCAAAGAAUAUACAGUUGACAAGUCCCUUGAUCCUGCCACAUCCCUGAAUGAGUUCCUACGGGACAAGCGUAUCUCCAUGGGAACAAAGUACAUGUGCAAGGAGGGAGGCUGUGGUGUCUGCGUUGUUAUGGCAGCAUCGGUCAACCCGUCUACCAAUGAUAUAGAAAGGAAAGCUAUCAACUCAUGCAUGUGCCCCGUUUUCAUGUGUGAUGGCUGGAGUAUCACCACCGUGGAGGGGCUGGGCAGUCAGAGGGACGGCCUUCACCCCAUACAAGACCGCCUUGACAAGUACAAUGGCAGCCAGUGUGGCUUCUGUAGCCCCGCCCAGAUCAUGAAUAUGUAUGCGCUGCUGCUGAAUGACACAGAGCCCAGCAAACAGGAGAUUGAGGACGCUUAUGAUGGAAUUCUGUGCAGGUGUACAGGUUACAGGUCCAUAUUGGAUGCUAUGAAGUCUUUUGCUGAUUCAAAAUGCUCACCAACUGACAUUGAAGACCUGGAAACCAAGACCUGCAGAAAGACUGGCAAGCCAUGUCCAGGCAAAUGUAGCAAUCCUGCCACACCUAAACCUGAGCGGCCCCUUCACCUGGUACUGGACAGUGCCCAGUGGUUCAAACCCACUACAUUGACCCAGCUGUAUGACCUUCUAAAUCAGUACAAGGAAAAAGACAUGAGGCUUGUUCUUGGAUGUACUGGAUUUGGUGUCUAUAAAGAUAUUGGUCCUUGGAAUUAUGAUAUACUCAUUGACUUACAUGGCGUAAAGGAUCUUUACCAGAUUGCUACCUCGCCCCAGCUGCAGAUUGGGGCCAAUGUGACCUUGACCUCAAUGAUGGUGACCUUGAGCUCUUGUGACCUUCCCAAAGACAAAUACCCAUACUUGGCAGAGUGUGUUAACUAUAUACAGAGAAUCGCUCACACCAAUGUCAGAAAUGCUGGCAGCUGGGCAGGAAAUCUGAUGAUGAAACAUAAACACCCAGAAUUUGUGUCUGAUAUGUUUGUAAUGCUGGAAACAGUCCGCGCACAGAUCUUCAUAAAUGGCAGCACAAGUGUAACAGCCAAUCAGCUGCUGGCCACGGACAUGACAGGGAAGGUCCUCACCCACGUUAUUCUGCCAAGUUUCUCGGCCAACACAGUUGUCAAGUUCUACAAAGUUGCCAAGAGGAGUCAGAAUGCACAUGCAUAUGUGAGUGUUGGUAUACUGAUGACAUGUGAUGCAAAUCUUGUUGUCCAAGAGAAACCAGCCAUUGUGUAUGCAGGAAUCUCCAAAACCUUUACUCAUGCCACUGACUUGGAGACUUUCCUACAAGGGAAGCAGCUGAGUGACCCAAGUGUGAUAGCAAAGGCCAUACAGAUAUUGAGCAAGGAGAUUGUUCCUGAGGCCGACCUGUUAGCAGGCAGCAUCCAGUUUCGCAAUAGUCUGGCUGUCAACCUUUUCUACAGAUUUGCAAUUUUCAUGCUGGGUGACAAGCUGGACUUGCGCUGCCGCAGCGGUGGAUUUCCCUUGGAGAGGCCUCUAUCCUCUGGCACUCAGACUUACUCUACAAAGACAGAGGAGUGGCCCCUUACUGAGCCCCUCCUGAAAGUCGAGGGAAAAUCACAGGUGACAGGUGAAGCAGUCUACAUCAAUGAUAUUGCCCCAGCUCCUGGUGAGCUGUAUGCAGCGUUUGCUCUCAGCCACAUGGGAAGUGCUCAGCUAGACAGCAUUGACUCAUCAAAAGCCAUGGAAAUGCAAGGCGUGGUGAAGGUGUUGCUAGCACAGCACAUACCAGGGGUCAACAAUGCCAUGCCAUCACCGUACCUCCCAGAAGAGGUCCUCUGCAGCAGACGUGUCAUGUAUGCGGGACAGGCUAUAGCGCUGGUGAUUGCAGACAAUGAGGAGACUGCGUACUCAGCUGCCAGGGCCGUCACUGCCUCAUACAGCGAUGUCAGGCCUCCUGUACUCACUAUUGAGGAGGCAAUCAAACAGGGCAUGGUGUUCCCAAAACAGGCAGACGAUAUUGUGAUGGGAGAUGCAGAGGGGGCCAUAGCGAAAUCAGCGCACAUGAUAUCGGGUGAGAUUCACUGUGGAACGCAGGCCCACUUCUCCCUUGAGACACAGAUCAGCAUCGCCGUGCCAACAGAGGAUGGUAUGAAGGUGUAUGCCUCGUCUCAGUGGAUUGACUACACCCAGAAAUGUGUGGCCCAGGUGCUGGGAGUGCCUUGUGCCAGUAUCGAUGUGGAGGUCAGAAGACUGGGAGGGGCAUAUGGAGCAAAAAUCUCCAGGAACUUCGCUAUUGCUGCUGCCAGCGCUAUUGCUGCCAAUGCUGUUAAUGGACCUGUACGAUUUGCAAUGAACUUUCAUACCAAUUUGGAGAAUGUUGGAAAACGCUUUCCAUACUUAGCUAAGUAUCAGGUUGGUUUUGAUGACACAGGCAAGCUGAAUGGGGUCAAGGUCACAUACUACUGUGACUGUGGAUACUCUGUGAAUGACUGCACAGUUGGGGACAUCAUGUACUUUGGUGAUAAUGCAUACUACUGCCCCAACUGGCACAUGGUCCCAGUGGCUGUACAGACCAACACCCCCUCCAACUCAUACUGUAGAGCUCCAGGCUCAACUCCUGGAAUUUUUAUAAUGGAAACAAUUAUGCAACACAUUUCCAAAACUCUUUGCAAAGAUUCAACAGAGGUAAAGCAGCUUAACCUCUACAAGAAAGGGCAGGUGACUCCAGGGGGGAUGACUCUGAACUACUGCAGCAUUGCCUCCCUUUUCACACAGCUAGAAGACUCUGCAGAGUUCUCCACAAGAAUGAAGGCCGUGAAAAUGUUCAACCAGGAUAACCGUUGGAAAAAGAAGGGUCUGUCUGUAGUGCCAAUCAAGUAUGGCGUGCCCUGGAACACUCAGAACUACGGGGUGAAUGUUGCAGUGUACUCCCAGGAUGGCACCGUGGCAGUGUCACAUGGCGGGAUUGAGGUCGGACAGGGAAUCAACACAAAGGUGGUGCAGGUGUGUGCCUAUGAGUUUGGUAUUCCUGUAGAGAUGAUCAAGGUGAAGCCCACAAAUGUUCUGACAGCGGCUGGAAGCUGCUAUACUGGGUCAAGUGUUACUAGUGAACUUGUCUGCCAGUCGGUGGUGAAUGCCUGCCAGAUGAUCAAUCAGAGGAUUGCCCCUGUGAAGGCAAAACUGAAGGACCCCACAUGGUUGCAGAUAGUUCAAGAGUGUUACAACGAGGGAAUUGACCUUGCUACACACAGCUGGUUCAAGCCCCAGUCAGACGACCAUUUCCAAUAUAACUCCUAUGGGGUCACGUGCACUGAGGUGGAGCUGGACGUGCUCACGGGAGAGCAUGAGAUCUCACGUGUGGACAUGCUCUUUGACUGCGGGGAGAGCCUGAACCCGUUUCUAGACGUUGGUCAGGUGGAAGGUGCAUUUGUGAUGGGCAUUGGUUACUGGCUGCUGGAGGAGUCCAUCUAUGACCAGACCUCGGGGGCCUACCUCACUAAUGGCACUUGGGACUACAAGCCCCCCACAGCCAAGGACAUUCCUGCAGACUUCCGUGUCACGCUGCUGAAAGAUGCACCAAAUCCUGUCGGUAUUCUACGAUCUAAAGCCUGCGGAGAGCCCCCACUGUGCAUGAGUUGCUCUGUGCUGUUUGCUUUGAAACACGCUGUGGAGGAAGCACGCAAGGAAACUGGGCAGGAUGAAUACUUCCCUCUUAAUGGCCCUGCAACUGUUGAGGUCAUCCAACAGGCAUGUCUGACAAAUCUCACCUCCACCAAAUGAGGAUAUGCUGAGCUUUGAAUGGGAUGUAAAUGUGUAAAGAAAAUUAAUGUAGAAAUAUGUUUGAGAUUUAUAUUGUAUUGUUAAUUGUUUGAUAAAUUAAGUAGAUUAUCCUAUAAUCUGUGUAUGUGAUCAUUCUUUUAAGGUCAUUUAUCUCUUUUGUAAAUUAAUGUGUUAAUUAAUGCAUAUAACUGUUAACUUUGAAGACUAUCAAAGGUUGCUACAUUGUGCUUACGUAUUGUAUACAAGCGAACUAUUGUCAAUGUCUAUAUUUAUACAAUUUCAACUCAAAAACUGUAGAUCUGUUCUUUCUUGUCUUUUUUUAUACAAAAUAUUGCAAGAAAGUGUAUGGUUUUCUUUAAAUCAUGUAUCAAUUAACAUUGCUAAUGUGUGAUAAAAGCAAUAAAUAGAAUAUUAUGUAUGAAUGAAGUUACAUUGUUAUUAAAAUAUGUGUUAUUUUAUGUUCUAACAGACCUUAGUCUGCUCUACAAUAAUACUCUUUUCAAUAUGUACCUCAUACAAUUUUUAUGUCCCCCAGUCUAUACUGGGGGACAUAAUGUUUUUGCCCUGUCUGUUUGUUGGUUUGUGUGUUGGUUUGCUUGCGUCAUCCUUAAACAUUGGCCAUAACUUUUGCAAUAUUGAAGAUAGCAACUUGAUAUUUGGCAUGCAUGUGUAUCUCAUGGAGCUGCACAUUUUGAGUGCUGAAAAGUCAUCCUUCAAGGUCAAAGGUCAAAUAUAUGGGGGGGGGGGGGGACAUAGUGUUUCACAAACACAUCUUGUUUUGUUUUGUCAUUGUUUGAAUGGCGGACUCUUUUUAUAUAAACAUACUUCAAUUUUAAAUUAACACAUUUUUUACUGUAUUAAAAUGUAUACUUUAAAUUAUUUUUUAUAAAGCUGUUACAUGAGUUGAUUUUGAAUUUUUUUCUUUUGCUUUCUAGUUAAAUACAAUGUAUUGUAUGGAUUUUUUUAUUAUGCAUAAAUAUAUAAUAUAUUGUUUAAAUGAUGUAUCAACUAUAAUCCAAUGUUUAUUAUAUGCUGUAUAUGGAAAUGUUUGUAAUCAUUUGUUAAAUAAUUGUUUCGACUUAUUUUUAAAAUUUUGGUUGUAAUUACAUCAUUACCUGAAAGCUGAUUCAGGGAAUGCUAUUGGUCUUAUAAUCAAUUUAGCUUUGGUUAAACAUAUUUUGAUAAGACAGUUCCAUCAAACAAUCAAGUCUGUAUAUGGUUGUAAUAGAUCUGCUUUUUGAGUAAUGCACUUAUUUGUGGUUUUCGCGUAAAAAUUCAUUACCUUGUAACAUGAAUACGAAGUAACAACUGUUUGUAAAUACAAGCAACUGAUGUCAUUCAUUAUGAUAAAUUAUGAGGCCAGAUUCACCAGUAAGAGACGUGUUACAGUUUGCUUUCCUUACUUCGCUUGCUCGACUCAUGUCUGUGUGCCUUGCCUGCAGUUGAAGGAGCUGGUAUCUUUUUUGAUGUUAUAAAAAGGGGCCUGGCAAUCUUUAUGCCAAAGGUAACUUUUGACUGAUUAUUGUCUACAUGUGUUUUUUACAUCUCCACACUGUACUUGAUUGUUUGCUUCUUAAUCUAUCAGUAUUUUUUAUAGUUUUCAAUGGGAAAAAAUAAAACUUAAAAUCGUGA